GAGCUGCAGCUGCUGCUGCAGCGCGCAGCAGCAGCAGCGGCAGCAGCAGCAGCAGCACGAGCAGCAAAAGAGCUGCAGCGAUCGAAGCAACGCGCUCUCCAGGCGUCGCUGUUGCCAGGCAAACUCGUCGACAGCCAAAGAGGCGAAGAGCUUUUUAUCGUCGAAGGCGAAUCGGCUGCGGGCAGCGCCAAACAAGCUAGAGACCGGCAUCUGCAGGCAAUUCUUUCUCUCCGAGGGAAAAUUUUAAAUGCUCAAAAAGAAAAAAAUAAAUUCAAAAUAUUCAACAACCAAGAAAUCAAAGUGAGGCAACCAGCAGCAGCAGCAGCAGCAGUAGUUGUUGCUGCUGUAGCAGCAGCUAUUGCUGCAGCAGCUGCUGCAGUUGUUGCCGUAGCCGCAGCAGUUGCUACUGUAGCAGCAGCUACAGCAGUUGUUGCUGUAGCAGCAGCUGCAGCAGUUGUUGCUGUAGCAGCAGCGGUAGCAGCAGCAGCAGCAGGUGUUAUAGGAGCAGCAGCAGCAGUUGCGGGAGUCGUUGCUGAACUAGAAACAUUAGCAGCAGCUGUUGCAGCAAGUGCAGUUGUUACAGCAGCAGCAGCAGCAGCAGCAGCAGCGCCAGCAGCACCAGCAGCACUAGCCAUAGCAGCAGCAGCAACAGCGAGAUCUCUUUGGUAUCGGCACUGGGAGUUCCUCCACAAGAAGGCCGCAAGGAGCCCCACAACCCUUCAGGCCUCAGACGUCGACGGCGCCCACAUCCGCAGUUUAUUGCUGUCUUUUUUUUUUCGAUUUUAUUUUUUUCUUUUUAAUUCCAAAAGACUUUUUGUUGCACUUCCUCCUCUUUACAAGGCGCGCCAUCCCCCGCUGCCGCUGCUGCUGCUGCAGCAGCAGCUGCAGCAGCAGCAGCAGCAGCAGCAGCAGCAAAGCCGAAGCGCCAGCAGCAGCAGCAGCAGCAGCAGCAGGUUAGUGACAGAGACGUAUAUAUGGAGCGACGCAGAGGCGAAGGCUCUUGCUGCUUUGGUGCAGCAGCAGCACCUCAGCAAGAAAGGAAAGCAGCAGCAGCAGCAGCAGCAGCAGCAGCAAGAGCUGGCGGCAGCGGCGGCGGGGGAGCCUGCAGCAGCAGCAGCAGCAGCAGCAAGCAGGGGGCUGCUGCUGCUGCAGCGCUUCAAAGGCCUCGGGGAAAUGCAGCCGCAGCAACUUUGGGAAACAGCCAUGAAUCCAAAAACAAGAAAAAUCAAACUAGUCCGAGUCAACGACCUCCAACGGGUAGGCUCAGCUAGCUAG